GGGAGGGAUCAACAUGGCCGACACACCACAGACUGUGCUGAUCUCAGGAUGCUCCUCUGGGAUUGGCCUGGAGCUUGCGGUGCAGCUGGCUCGUGACCCCAAGCAGCGCUACCACGUGGUGGCCACCAUGAGGGACCUGGGAAAGAAAGGGACACUGGAGGCAGCUGCUGGGGAGGCUCUGGGUCAGACCCUCACCGUGGCCCAGCUGGACGUGUGCAGUGAUGAGUCAGUGGCCCAGUGUCUCAGCUGCAUCCAGGGCGGGGAAGUGGACGUGUUGGUGAAUAAUGCUGGAGUGGGCCUGGUGGGGCCCUUGGAGGGGCUCAGCCUAGCUGCCAUGCAGAACGUCUUCGAUACCAACUUUUUUGGGGCUGUCCGUCUGGUCAAAGCUGUGCUUCCUGGCAUGAAAAGAAGGCGACAGGGCCACAUCGUGGUGGUCAGCAGCGUGAUGGGGCUGCAGGGUGUUGUGUUCAACGAAGUCUAUGCCGCCUCCAAAUUUGCCAUCGAGGGAUUCUUCGAGAGUCUGGCUGUCCAGCUACUCCAGUUCAACAUCUUCAUCUCCCUGGUGGAACCGGGCCCAGUGGCCACUGAAUUUGAAAGGAAGCUCCUGGAGCAGGUUUCCACAGCUGAGUUCCCAGGCACAGACCCUGAUACGCUGAGCUACUUUCGGGAUUUGUACCUCCCAGCCUCCAAGGAGCUCUUUCACUCUGUGGGACAGAGCCCACAGGAUGUGGCCAAGGCCAUUGUCAAGGUCAUUGGCUCGGCCAGACCACCCUUGCGCCAACAGACCAACACCCGCUACACUCCACUGACCGCACUCAGAGCAGUGGACCCCUCGGGCAGCCUGUAUGUACGAACCUCCCAUCGCCUGCUCUUCCGCUGGCCACGCCUCCUCAACCUUGGCCUUCGAUGUCUGGCAUGCAGCUGCUUCCGCACCCCAGUGUGGCCCCGGUGAGCAGAGCCUCACCCAACCCUCCUCACCCCUGAACAGACAGGCCUCUUUAGUUCACACCCAUCUCAGGCCAUACUGACUCUUCACUCAUUCAUUCAUCUGUUCAGCAAACUCUGCCUGACCCACUCUGUGUCUGGGCAUUGCUGGGACACCAGAGAGCCCUCAGCCUCCAGGCAUAGACUCCCCUGUGGUCAGGGCAGGGGGCAGAGAGAGGGGAUCCUGGGGCCCUGGGUGGAGGAGCAGGGAGCAGAGAGCUGGAGUUGUGUCCGAGAAGGUAAGGGAGGCUUCCUGGAGGAGGGGGAAUUGUUGUUGGACUUGGGGGAGGAUGAGACCGGCUGCCUCAACCAACUUCUGGACUUCAUGGUCUUGGGUCUGGGGAUUCAGGGAUGACCCAAAGAUCUAUAUCCUCCCCCCACCUCCACAGAGCUAGUUUGACCAUGGGAUCUCCAGAUUUUUCUGGUCACAUACUCCAUCAGCAAAACAUGUUUGUACAUACACCAGCAAUGCAUGUAUAUUUUUCACAAAAUGUAU